AUGGAGAAAAAAUACAAGGAGAAGGAGAAGACCGAGGAUGACUACCUUAAAGAAGUCGAGCGUAUCAAUUACAAGACCGCCCUUGAAGCUCAGAAGACGUUAAACUCAAUUAGCAAAACAACUAGUAAAACUCAAGCAAUUCUCUCAGAACAAAGAGAGAAAUUAGAAGACAUUAUGUGUGAAGCCGAUUCUAUCCUCCAAAAUGUCUCUAAAGGCAAGGAACUUUCCGUCAAAAUGCAACGUGCUAGUAAAUUCAUUACUAUUGGAGAUAAAAUAAGUGAUAAAGUCAAAGGCAUCUUUAAAUCAACGCCUACUAAACGACCGCCUCUAGAAACACGAACUGCUCCCCUACAGUGCAGUAUUCCUCUUAAAGAGCCCUAUACUGCAUGUCCACAAGAGGAUGAAAAUCCAACUGAAGAUUCGACCAACGCAGUCCUUCUAUCCAUUCGUGAUGGACUCAAGGACCUACAAACCCAGCUUAAGUCUCAAAACAGAGAGAUAGAGGACCAAAUGCCUCUAAUCAAAGAGAUAACAGAAAUUAACAAAACUUCAACUGAAGAUGCCGGGAAGGUCCUUAAGAAUCUCAAGAAGUUGUAA